AAGUAGAAUUGCUGGGUUAUAUGUCCUGUUUUUGAUUUUUUAAGGAAUCUCCAUACCAUUUUCCAUAGUGGCUGCAUCAAUUUACACAUGUGUUCUUUGAUCUAUUCUAGCUUGCUUUUUUACAGUUGAGGUAAUAUGUAUGUUUGUAAGUCAAAGUCUGAGUCUCUUUCUUGCCUAAUAGGUUCUAUUAUUAUAAGCAGGAAGGGUUUUUGGUGGUGAGUGUUUCUUUGAUCACAGACAUUUCUUUCUUCUGGUUUUUCAUUCCUAUACCUCUUGCCAUCUUGCAAAACAUUUUAAAGAUACUCUUAGGAUGAUGGAUGAGUGGUAAACUCAGCUUCCUCCCACCCUGUUUUCAUGGGUGCCAGUUCGUUAGAAUGGUUUUUAGUUGAGUUUAGGUGGAGCAGAAUUAAAGGAGAGCAGUGAUUACAUAGCAACAUGGUGGCUGACAGGGCCACAAGUCAGCCUGCCUGUCAGGGAGAGGGACUCCAGAGGAGAGACCCAUUGCCUCUUGUAUUUGGGAAGACGUUGCUUCUGCAGAUGACUCAUGGAGCUACUUUACAAGAGAUGGCCAGGCUCUGGUGUUGGAGAAAAUCAUUAAUGUACGAGGACAUGCUGCCAGGAGAUCAAAAGGUAGAGGAGGCUGAUGACUGGCUGCGGUAUGGCAACCCCUGGGAGAAGGCCCGGCCUGAGUACAUGCUUCCUGUGCACUUUUAUGGAAGAGUGGAGCACACCCCUGAGGGUGUGAGGUGGCUGGACACACAGGUGGUGCUGGCCAUGCCAUAUGACACGCCGGUGCCGGGCUACAAGAACAACACUGUCAACACCAUGAGGCUGUGGUCUGCCAAGGCCCCCAACGACUUCAAGCUCCACGACUUUAAUGUAGGUGGCUACAUCGAGGCAGUCCUUGACAGGAACCUGGCCGAGAACAUCUCCAGAGUUCUGUACCCCAACGACAACUUUUUUGAGGGGAAGGAGCUCCGCCUGAAGCAGGAGUACUUCGUGGUGGCUGCCACUCUGCAAGACAUUAUCCGCCGCUUUAAGUCCUCUAAGUUCGGCUGCCGGGACCCAGUGAGAACCUGUUUUGAGUCAUUCCCGGACAAGGUUGCCAUUCAACUGAAUGACACCCACCCGGCCCUCGCCAUCCCUGAGCUCAUGCGGAUCCUGGUAGAUGUGGAGAAAGUGGACUGGGACAAGGCCUGGGAAAUCACGAAGAACACUUGUGCAUACACCAACCAUACUGUGCUGCCAGAGGCCUUGGAGCGCUGGCCUGUGUCCAUGUUUGAGAAACUACUACCACGGCACCUGGAGAUCAUUUAUGCCAUUAACCAGAGGCAUCUGGACCAUGUGGCUUCCCUGUUUCCUGGAGAUGUGGACCGCCUGCGGAGGAUGUCUGUGAUUGAGGAAGGAGACUGCAAGCGGAUUAACAUGGCCCACCUGUGUGUGAUUGGGUCCCAUGCUGUCAAUGGUGUGGCGAGGAUCCACUCAGAGAUCGUGAAGCAGUCAGUUUUCAAGGAUUUUUAUGAGCUGGAGCCAGAGAAGUUCCAGAAUAAGACAAAUGGCAUCACGCCCCGACGGUGGCUGCUACUCUGUAACCCAGGGCUGGCUGACACCAUUGUGGAGAAAAUCGGGGAGGGUUUCCUGACCGACCUGAGCCAGCUGAGGAAGCUGCUGCCCUUCGCCAGUGACGAGGCGCUCAUCAGAGACGUGGCCAAGGCCAAGCAGGAAAAUAAGUUGAAGUUCUCUGCCUUCCUGGAGAAGGAGUACAGGGUGAGAAUCAACCCUUCCUCCAUGUUCGACGUCCAUGUGAAGAGGAUCCACGAGUAUAAGCGGCAGCUGCUGAACUGCUUGCACAUCAUCACCCUGUACAACCGAAUAAAGAAGGACCCUGCCAAGGCCUUUGUGCCCAGGACUGUCAUGAUCGGAGGCAAGGCAGCCCCUGGUUACCACAUGGCCAAGAUGAUCAUCAAGCUGGUCACGUCCAUCAGUGAUGUUGUCAACCACGAUCCAAUUGUGGGCGACAGGCUCAAAGUGAUCUUCCUAGAGAACUACCGAGUGUCGUUGGCCGAAAAAGUGAUCCCUGCUGCUGACCUGUCACAGCAGAUCUCCACUGCGGGCACUGAGGCCUCGGGCACAGGCAACAUGAAGUUCAUGCUCAAUGGGGCCCUCACCAUCGGCACCAUGGAUGGUGCCAACGUGGAGAUGGCUGAGGAAGCUGGGGCCGAGAACCUCUUCAUCUUUGGCCUGCAGGUGGAAGAUAUCGAGGCCCUAGACCAGAAAGGGUACCAUGCCCAAGAGUACUAUGACCGUCUGCCAGAGCUGAGACAGGCUGUGGACCAGAUCAGCAGUGGCUUCUUCUCUCCCAAGGAGCCAGACUGCUUCAAGGAUGUUGUCAAUAUGCUGAUGAACCAUGACAGGUUCAAGGUUUUUGCAGAUUAUGAAGCAUACAUGGCAUGCCAGGCCCAGGUGGACCAGCUGUACCAGAAUCCCAAGGAGUGGACCAAGAAGGUCAUCAAGAACAUUGCCUGCUCGGGCAAGUUCUCCAGUGACCGGACCAUCACGGAGUACGCCCGGGACAUUUGGGGUGUGGAGCCCUGUGACCUGCAGAUCCCACCCCCCAACCUCCCCAAAGACUAGGUACUAGCACAGUGGGGACCAGUAGGCUUUUGUUUUCUUGUUGACUGUACCUCAUGCCAUUUUCUAAGCACUUAGCCAGCAGCCAGUGGUCCCUGCUUUUUUUAGUGCUGUGUUCAGGGUGGGAUAUGGGGAUUAUGGUAGUAGUUUAGGAUUGAGAAAGUGCAGGGAUGGAUGGACAAGGAAGGAAAAGUGCUAAGAGUGAGAUGCUGCCUGGUCUGUGGUAGGAAAGCAGAGCUCACAGCACUGACUAGCGGGCCCCACAGCUGUAGCCCACCAUCCCCACAGAACUGGGGAAGGUGGAGCUGCCUGCUAAGCUCUUCUGAGACCUUACAGACACCUUGUUGGGAGCUUGUUUUAAGUUUUGAACCUCUGGAUCCUGGGGUCUGGGCAAAUGGCCAUGGCAAAGCCUGGAGAAGUGUGUUUCUGCAGCACUUGGGUGGCCCCUCAAGUCAUCCCUGGCCCAGCUCUGCCUCCUAGCAUUGCUGGGAGGGUCCAAUGCUCCAGAUCGUGUCUUUACAGCUGCCCUGGGGAUGCUCUGACCCAGGGCUUCUGCACUGAUCAGAUAAAGGGGCCCCAGGAUGACUAAGGGCGACAUUGGGGAAGACACCUGUGUCUAGGCUUUAAGGGGCUUUGGUUAGGAUAACACUGGCUGACAAAAAGUUAGCUUCACAAGGAAAUGAAACUAACUGAAGCUUUUUUUUGUUUUAGCAACUAAAAAUUAUACUUUUGGAAUUUCAAAUCAGAGGAAGGAAUUCUGGUUUUUUCACCUGGCUGUGGGGGCUUGGGGCAGGGUCGCUGCCUCUGCUGAGGGAGGCUGGAUGCCCAGCCCCUGCUGCAGACCUGCACCCUGUGCCCUUGCUCUGUUCUGGAGGGUUCAUUUUCUGUCUUACACACAAGGCUGGCCUCCCUUCUCCCUCCUUUUCCACCAGUGCGACAACCUGCUCUGGAAAAGGACUGAGUGGGCCCAGAGGACAGCCCACUUUCCACUCUGCCCGGACAGCAGGCUGGUACCAGGAAGGGCGAGUGAGCUCCUCAGCUGCCCAGAGGGGAGAGCAAGGAGCACCAGGUGGCACCCUUCAUCAUGGGGUAAUUGGCGAUGUUGGACAGAAGUGCCCUUCCAGGGGCUCUGCCUCCUUGCAUACUGCGUCUGGGCAUCACAGGCUCUGCCCUCAUCCCUGACUGUUCACAGAAUCAGGCCAUGAAGGACUUGCUUAAGUACACACUUUACCAAAGCCACUGGGCUCUGUGGUUGCACCCCCAACACCCUCCGCUCUCCAAUCCCUUAGGCUGUGUGUGACCGUCACUGUGCCAUUCGCUGUUACUGCCCAUUGUUUGAGAAACUGAUUAAACCUUCUUGCCCAUGCUUGGUUGA